AGUGAGUUACCCGGAUGCUGUUUGUCGGUUAUUUACUGUGAGGAGAAAUGGCGGACAUGGAUGAGCUGUUCGGCAGUGAUGGGGAUAGCGAGGCGGAGCAGAGAGAAUCUGGUUCCGGUUCCGGUUCUGGUUCUGACUCGGAGCAGGAGAGACCCAGGUCUGCCAGCAACGGCUCUGGAAGCGAGAGUGAGAGGGAACGGGAUGAUGAUGAAGAUGAAGAAGGGCAUGAUGGUGGAAAGCCCAGCAAUAAAGAGCUCUUUGGGGAUGACAGUGAGGAUGAACGUGGCAGUCAGCACAGCGGCAGCGACAACGACAACCAGUCUGAGCACUCGGGCAACCAAUCGGACGCCAGCAUGCACUCUGACAACGAACACUCGGAGGCGGAGCAGCACAGUGGCUCUGAGGGGCACCAUGAGGAGGAAGAUGAUGAGGGUCACAGCCCCAGCCACAGGUCUGAUGCAGGAAGCCAUGUCUCGGGUGCAGGAAGCCAUGUCUCGGGUGCAGGAAGUCCUGCCUCGGGUGCAGGAAGUCCUGCCUCGGGUGCAGGAAGUCGCAGCUCACGUGCAGGAAGUCCCGCCUCAGGUGCAGGAAGUCCAGCUUCAGGAGUAGGCAGUCCCGCCUCAGGUGCAGGAAGCCAUGUCUCAGGAGCAGGAAGUCACGCAUCAGGAGCAGGAAGUCACGCUUCAGGAGCAGGAAGUCAUGUAGGAAGUCACGCCUCAGGAGCAGGAAGUCACAGAUCUGGGCGAGGAAGUGGAAGUCACAGAUCAGGAAGAGGAAGCGCGAGUCCCCGGUCUGACCCUGGCACCCCUCAGUCCGGCCCUGGGACGCCCCAUUCAGACGGAGAGGGCUCAGGGCGUGACGCCCAGUCAGGAGAUGAGAAAUGGGGUGGUGAGGGGAAGAGUGACCAAUCGGAUGAUGAGGAGAAGCCCCGGAACUCUGAUGAAGAGAGGGAUCAUUCCGACGAGGAAGUAAGACGUGGAAAUAAGACUGGUUCUCCUAAAGGCAGCGACAGCGAGGACGAUUUUGUGGGAAGGAGGAAAAAGAAAAUCGCUUCAGACUCUGACUCAGACAGUGACAUCGGGGGUCAAAGAGGGGGGAAGAAAACUGCAGCCGAUGACUUGUUUGGAGAAGCAGAUGACAUCUCCUCAGACAGUGAUGCUGAGAAACCCCCCACCCCGGGACAGCCAAUGGAUAAUGAGGAUGGUAUGGAGGGUGAACAGCAGGAGGAGGAGCCAGUUCCUGAGACUCGGAUAGAGGUGGAGAUUCCUAAAGUCAGCACUGACCUCGGCAGUGACCUUUACUUUGUUAAACUGCCCAACUUUCUCAGUGUGGAGCCCAGGCCGUUUGAUCCUCAGUACUAUGAGGAUGAGUUUGAGGAUGAGGAGAUGCUGGAUGAGGAAGGAAGAACGAGGCUGAAGCUGAAGGUGGAGAACACCAUCAGGUGGCGUGCUCGCAGAGACGAAGAGGGAAAUGAAAUCAAAGAGAGUAACGCACGCAUCGUCAAAUGGUCUGAUGGGAGCAUGUCCCUGCACCUGGGUAAUGAGGUGUUUGACGUGUAUAAAGCCCCUCUGCAGGGAGACCACAACCAUCUGUUCAUCCGACAGGGUACUGGACUGCAGGGCCAAGCAGUGUUCAAGACCAAACUCACCUUCAGGCCCCAUUCCACAGACAGCGCCACCCACAGGAAGAUGACCCUCUCUCUGGCUGAUCGAUGCUCCAAAACACAGAAGAUCAGAAUCCUGCCGAUGGCUGGCCGAGACCCCGAGUCACAGAGGAAUGAGAUGAUAAAGAAAGAGGAGGAGCGUUUGCGGGCCUCUAUCCGGCGUGAGUCGCAGCAGAGGCGGAUGCGGGAGAAGCAGCACCAGCGUGGUCUGAGCACCGGCUAUCUGGAGCCUGAUCGCUAUGAGGAGGACGAGGAAGGGGAGGAGUCAGUCAGCCUCGCCGCCAUCAAGAGCAAAUACAAAGGAGGAGGAGGACUGAGAGAGGAGAGAGCAAGGAUCUACUCGUCCGACAGCGAUGAGGGCUCUGACGAGGAUAAAGCUCAGCGGCUAAUGAAGGCCAAGAAGCUGGACAGUGAUGAGGAGGGAGAAAACUCGAGCAAGAGAAAGGCCGAGGAUGACGAGGAGUCUUCCCCUAAGAAAGCAAAGAAAUAUGUCAUCAGUGAUGAAGAGGAGGAAGAAGAGGACGACUAGAGAUGUUCUUUUAUUAAGCUGUUAUUUUUUCUGUUGUCUUUUUUGUACUGUUCUGUGAUGAUAGAUUGUUUUUGGGCCAGACUGUAACCAGUAGCUGCUGGUUUGUAUAUUUUUUAAAGAAGCUUCUGUGCUGUAAAGCGGCAGAAGAGAAUAAAGCUGACCUCACAUAA